AUAUCUGACAAUACAGGCAUGUGGUUGACAUUUAAUUAAGACUUUUAGUUGAGGCAACAUACAAGAUACAGAAACUCUUUCCAUUUCUUGGAAACUUGCAAUGAAUGGUCUCUGGUAUAUUCUUCUCUAUGUUCUUGUGCAAACGACAUUAUUCGCACGCGCGCAAGGUCCAGUAGACAUUGCAGCAGCCAUUGGUGAUGCUGUAACGGAAGUGAGUGGCAGACGACCUGGUGUGGCUGGUUCCGGUCCUGCUGGAGGUUUUGCCGGCUUUGCUGGUGGACCGCCUGCUGGGGGACUUGGUGGAGUUGCCGCCCCAGGAGCAGGAUCUGUAGCAGACAACCCAGUCUCUAUUCAUGCUUUGUUCAGUAGUAGAAGAGAAGCCCCUGCGGCAGUUGCAGCUUUAGGCGCGGCGGGAGAUAUAUCAACUACUGCAACUUCUAACUUUGCUGCAAGAACUGGAGGCGCUACACCUGACGCCGCUGAAUUCAGCAGACAGAUUGCUCCGUACUGUCCAGUUCGUGUCCCUGUGUGUAAUCCUAACGACCGCUACCGAACAGCAGAUGGUUCUUGCAACAACUUAUUCAAUACAUUAUGGGGAGCUUCUAUAACAACUCAAGCGAGAUUUCUUUCCCCUACAUAUGGAGAUCCAUUCAACACUGGCUCUAUUCCACGUAUACGCAGUGUGAUUGCAGGACCCCUUCCUAGUCCACGUUACAUAUCUAACGCUAUUCACAAUGGUGGUGUAUCACCCCCUAGAAGUCAAAUUUACAGUGUAUCCUUAACUCAUUUUGGACAGUUUGUCGACCACGAUUUUAUAUCAACACCUAUACUUAAAGGUGGUGUAGAUGGUAACACAGAUAUACGUUGCUGCUUUGGAGAUGUUCCGGUUGUGAGUCCAGAAUGUUUCCCCUUUAGAACUCCGCCAGGUGAUUUCUUGACAACUUGUAUGCCUUUUGUAAGAUCCGACUUUGGUGCCUCCGCCGGAUGCCCACCAGAACCUAGAAAUCAAAUAAAUCAGAGGACAUCUUUUCUUGAUCUGUCUGUGACAUAUGGAAACACACUUGUUGGACAAGAGGACUUACGAGUAUUGGGAACAGGCAAACUUCAAGAAGGUCCUAACAGACUUCUUCCUACUGGUCCCUCUGGAUCUGAAUGUUUAGAAGGGGAAGAGUGUUUCAAAUCUGGGGACAGCAGACCAGCAGAAGUUCCAAUGCUGACAGUCGUGCAUACUGCAUUUAUGCGUGAGCAUAACGAUAUUGUUGAUUUGUUGAUAGAACAGGGGUGGAAUGAUCCAGAAGAAUUGUACCAAGAAGCAAAAAAGAUUCUCACAGGAAUUUAUCAGCACAUUAUUUAUACUGAAUAUCUUCCAAUAAUACUUGGAGCAGAAGGUAUGAUGCUUUUUGGGUUACGAAGUAGACAAUUUGGAUUUAAUACAGUGUAUAAUCCUUCUGCAAAUCCAUCUACGAGAAAUGCAUUUGGAGCAGCAGCCUAUAGAUUUGGCCAUUCCCUUGUUGGUUCUUUUGUUGAAGCGUUUAACCAAGACUACACACCACGCGCCAGUGAACCUAUGGAAGACCAUUUCUUCAGUACUCGUUUGAUACGUGACUUUGCUAUAUUUGGUCCAAGUGCCAUAGCCAGAUGGAUGACAACACAGUUCAAGAGUAGAGGAGACCGUUUUCUUACUCCAGCCAUUAGAAACAGACUAUUUCAAACAAUGCCAGGAAACGGCUUUGACCUAGGUGCACUUAACAUUCAGCGCGGUAGAGACCAUGGCAUCCCAUCAUAUAAUAGAUGGCGACAGUUCUGUGGACUACAACCUGCUGUACAUUUUGGAACAGGACCUCUAGGUUUAACCAAUCAUCAUCCUUCGGCUGCAGGAGCAUUAUCAUCCGUCUACAGCCAUCCUGAAGAUAUUGAUUUAUUUGCUGGAGGAAUGUCAGAGACACCAGUAGCAGGUGCCCUGGUGGGACCAACAUUUAGAUGUAUAAUUGGACUUCAGUUCAGGUUUUUUAAGAUUGGUGACCGUUUCUUCUAUGAAAACAAUUUCCCUCUUACUGGUUUUACUGAACCUCAAUUGCGAGUGAUUAAAAGACAGUCAUUGUCGGCGCUUUAUUGUAGGACUCUGGAUGUUUUUUCAAUGCCUGCAAAUCCGUUUGUUUCACCGUUAGCUGGAGCUCCGCGUUUACCUUGUCAAAAUUUUCCAAGACUGGAUUUAAGACCAUGGAGUAGAAUAAACCAUUACAGUUAUCCAAGACGGAAUGGUAGAAGAAGCAGAAGAUUGAAGAAAAAGAAUUCAUAUUAAAGGGUGUCAAAAUAUAA